GGACAAGACGCUCUACAUAGGCCUACGUGGCAAUAAAACGACUUACAAGGAAGUGAUAUACGUCUGUUGUUUAAAACGGUUCUUUCAGUUAUAAAUUUCAAGGAAAUACUAUUACAAAUCCACGAAAACAAAGCCUGUGUAUACGGAUAUCUUAUAUGGCUGUUUAUGUGAGGAUAUUUGUACUUGAAACUGGUUGAAGUAAGAAUAUAAUUUGCUUUAUAUUUUAAGAACGGUGAGUAUAAAAUAUGACAUCAAGCUUAUAUUUGGACAAGAUUUGUAGAGCACAGCGAUCAGUAGUACUAAGCAUCUAAUACUUGCUUUAUUUUCAAUUUAGCAAAACAGCGAGUAAAUAUGGCAUCAAAUUAUCCACUUGGGUACGAUGACGAAAGAUUCGAAUCGAUAGUGAACCAAAAUUUCCACUGUUUGAUUUGCUACAACGUAUUGAAAGACCCCGUGGUGUGCCGCAGAAACGAGCACCAUUUUUGCCGCGGCUGCAUCACGGAACAUCUUCAAAGGAAUUCCCAUACAUGCCCAACGUGUGCUGACGAGCUGAGUGUCGAAACAUUGCAAGACGUUCCAAGAAUUGUGAAGAAUUACUUAAACGAACUAAGUAUACGUUGCGAUCAUUACGACAGAGGAUGUCGAGAACUUGUACAGCUGCAGAAUUUAAAGCGACAUGUCGUCGAAUGCGGGUUUACUCCAGUCGUUUGUGGAAAUCAAGGUUGUGGUGAGACAAUCAGUAAAAGAGAUCGUACAUAUCACGAGAGUGAACUGUGUCAAUUUAGAAAGUUGAAGUGUCACAACUGUGGAGAAAUCAGCACGAUGAUGGCGGGAAUGAAAACGGAAGUCGCAAACCUGAACACAAACAUCAACACGAAUCAGGCGGAUACCCGAACGAAAUUGGCAAACACGAACACGAACAUGGCAAAUAUUAGAACUGAAAUAGCAGAUGUAAAAACGAAAAUGGAAAACACGAACACGAAACUGGAAAACAUGAACACGAAAAUGGCAAAUUUGCACGCGAAAGUGGAAGCGAAAUUCGAAGCGAUGAAUAAUGAAGUGAGAGAAGUGAAAAUAAGUUUAAAUGAAGUAAAAGAUGGCUUUGAUCACUUGAAAGAAACAGUACUUGAGAAGAUAGAGAGCAAAGAAAGAAAGCAGGAGGAAAUCACAAGAGAUGUAAGUGGCACAGCGAGUGGCGGGAGAGAAAAUCAACAUAUAUUUGUUGCUGGUGGUGUGGAGACAAACUUGGUAGAAAUAUUUAACUACCGUCAGAGAUUGUGGUCUUUAUUAAAGCCCAUGCCAGGGAAUCAUCGCAGCGCAUCUUCAUUUGUUUAUAAUAAUCACGUGACUGUAGCGGGAGGUUGGGGCCGUGAUAGUGGUGCUGUAGAUAACAUGAUCCAAAUGAACAUUCACCCAGUCCCUGAUCUCUCAAUUAACUGGAGUGAUUUUGCUGCUAAACUCCCUGCCAAGUUGCGUGCACACAGCAGUGUGGUGUACAAGGAUAGCUUGUUGGUUACUGGAGGUAUUAAUGCAGAUCAACAUGUCUACUCUGACUGUAUUCACGAAGUCCAACUUAAACCACCUUACACUGUUAAACUGGUAUCCAAGAUGCCUGAACCAAGAGUUCAUCACAGCACAGUACUAUGUGAUGAUAGUAUUUUGAUCAUUGGGGGAAGGGAAUCACAGCACUACGAAAACAACCUUAGCAGUGUGUUAAGGUAUGACAUCAAGAAGAAUGAAUGUCAACAGUUACCUGCGCUUCCCUAUCCAGUGAGUGAAAUGGCGACAGUCAAGUGGGCUGAGAAUGUCGUGAUCAUUGGUGGGGCUGACAAGGAUGACAAAGCAUUAAACAAUGUUAUAAUUUAUAACAUGAAGACUGGAAACAGUCAUAUGUUGCCUCCCAUGUUACACAAGAGGAUAGGAUGUAUGGCAGUUGUUAUUGAGAAUACGAUUGUAGUACUAGGAGGGAUAGAUGAGAGAGUGAAUGUUUUGAAAUCAGUUGAAGGUUUCAAUUUUGGGCGAUUUUCAUGGGAGGAACUUCCUGACAUGAAGGAAACAAGAUGGUUCGCUACAGCUGUUGUGGUCUAGACAUGAUGGAAAAUUAUUGUAUAUAUACUUUGUAGAAUUUUUGAACUUUGACAUAUAUUUCAAACGUUUUGGAAUUUAGUGCUCCUAUGAGCACAUUUGAGGGACCGGUCAUAAAGUAAAAGGGGGGGUGGACUGUUUUGAGCACGGUUGAAGGAGUGGGUCAUCGAAAGUUAAGCGCAAUCAUAAGGGUGGGCCAUGUAAAAAUAUGCAGAAGAUUGGGCCCCAGUCAUUUUUUUGUGUUAAAAAUUUCCACACAAAGAACAAGAUAUCUGGUUUUUUGGGCUAAGUACUGAAAUUUGGUAUGAAAAAUUAAGAUAGUCCUUGGAAAGCAAUUGCAACGUACUCGUCCGGAAAAUUUUUUCACCUGAUAAAGUUGUCGACGGGGGGGGGACGUUCUUGUCCGAAAAAAAAUUUUCCCGGAAAAAAUUGGAAAAGGGGUGGGUCAUAAUAUUUCAGCACCAAUUUAAGGGUGGGCUACAAAUUUUCGUGCAGCUUUUAAGGGGUGGGCUACCAAAAGUGCAGACACCAAAUAUAUGAUUUUCCCAGCCCACCCCCCCCUUUUACUUUAUGACCGGUCCCUGAUCUAUAUCAAAGAACUGCUUGACUGUUGUGAUGUGGAAUUUUUUGUAAAUAUUAUGUAGAGUAGAUCAAUGUUAGAAUUAAUGCAUGGUAGAAAUUUGAAAUAUAGUUUGAUAUUUUUUCUGGUUUAUAACAUAUAAAUUAAAGAACUAUUUUAUC